AUUUUCCUUUAUAAAAUGCCUCAAACAUUAAAUGGGCAACAUAUCUGCAGUGUUGUUUAUGGGUGGUAGCAUUUACUUAUUAAAGAAGUUCAUGUUGUUUGCAGCUUACUUUUUGUGCUUGAAGACAAAUAACAUUCUAGCUCUUUAAAAAAGAGCUGAUUCACUCUGAACUUUGUGAACCAAAUUCAGCAUAUAGUAUGUUGUAAAACAAAUGCACUGGAUUUUGAAGAAAGCACACCAGGAAAUGACAAUACCUUAUGUGUUUUUCUUGUGGGUCUGACGUUGGAGAAAUACUUCGUCAGAUCAGUGUUAGCACUCAUGAAUUUCCUUCCUGUUUAUGAAAAACAGUUACAUUGGCAGUUAGCUUUCAUCAAUUGCUGUAAAUAGCCAGUGGUGUUGAUCGUGUUCCUUUAGUCUUACAAAAUAAUACCUAAAAGGUUUUAUAAAUAUUUGUUAGGCAUUGUGUUUCUUCUACUGUGUAAUUUAUUUUAAGCUUUGACUGGUUUUGGAUUGCAUCGUUUACACUGUUAAUGAUGAGGCGACGUGGAACCCCUCUGUCUAAGCAACAGUCAAUACCCAACUUUGUGAGGGACAUGCCACGUCAGUUCACAAAGAUCUCCCACCAUGAGGUGGAUGAGAAGGUGUGUCUUCUGGCUGAGAAGGUUUAUGCCUCAGCUCUCAGGGAAGAAGACAGUAAGAGCACCAUGUCCAUGUUCAGCGUCCCUGAGGACUGUCCCAUUGGCUUGCACCAGGCCAAAGAGUGGGAGCUACGCAAAGAGCUGGCUGAGCAGAAAUCAGAAGAAUCUGUGAAAAGGAAACAGAGUUUCAAGCUGAUGCGCUCACACUCAAUGUCCUUGCAGAUCCCCAAUGCUCGAGACUGGGCCAUGUCUGUUAUUUCACCCCUGCUGACCCCUACUGUAGACUCUUUACCUAUCAAUAUUCCAGAAUUCCAGAGGGUCACCAUAAGUGGAGACUACUGCGCAGGGAUAACAGUCGAGGACUAUGAGCAAGCAGCCAAAGCUCUGCUGGCAGCACUCUUUAUCAGAGAAAAAUAUUCUCGGCUGGCAUACCACCGUUUCCCCAGAACCACUGCCAGAUUUCUAAGAAGUGCCAAUAAUGAGAAAUGGAGUGAGGAGGAAGAAGUGUUGCCAGACAUCUGCCCCUGUCCAAGUGAGGGUCAGGAUCCUUACAGUAUGGAAGACAUCCCACAGAAUCUGAACUACUGCCUGAAGAUGAAAGAUGGAAUCAUAAAUGUUUACGAUAAUGAGGAUGCCUUAAAAAAGGAUCAGCCACGGAGCUUGCCUUAUCCCGACAUGGAAACCUUUGCUAUUGACAUGAGCUAUGUGCUUGCCAUGAUUGCAGAUGGGCCAACGAAGACCUAUUGUCACAGAAGGCUUAACUUUCUGAUGUCCAAGUUCCAUCUGCAUGAAAUGCUGAAUGAGAUGGCUGAGUUGAAGGAACUGAAAGGUGUUCCUCACAGAGACUUCUACAAUGUCAGAAAGGUUGAUACUCACAUUCAUGCAGCUGCGUGCAUGAACCAGAAGCAUCUUCUCAAGUUCAUCCAGGAUACCUAUCAGACAGAAGCAGAUCGGGUGGUUCUGGAGGAGAAUGGAAAGAAGAUAACCCUCAAACAGGUGUUUGAGAAUCUGAAAAUUGACCCUUAUGAUCUCACAGUAGACUCGCUGGAUGUCCACGCUGGCAGACAAACGUUUCAUCGUUUUGAUAAAUUCAAUUCCAAAUACAACCCAAUGGGUGCAAGUGAGCUCAGAGAGAUCUACCUCAAAAGUGAUAACUACAUCAAUGGAGAAUAUUUCGCACGUCUCAUCAAGGAGGUUGCUCAUGAGUUGGAGGAGAGUAAAUAUCAGCAUGCAGAACCCCGUCUCUCCAUUUAUGGCCGAGCUCCUGAAGAGUGGGAGAGCCUGUCAAAAUGGUUUAUCCAGCACAAGUUGCACUCCCCUAACAUGAGAUGGAUCAUACAGGUGCCCAGGAUCUAUGACAUAUUCAAAUUAAAGAAGAUCAUUCCCAACUUUGCCAAAAUGCUAGAGAACAUCUUCCUCCCCCUGUUCCAGGCCACUGUUAACCCUCAGGAGCACAAAGAAUUGCAUGUCUUCUUGCAACACGUGACAGGGUUUGAUAGUGUGGACGACGAGUCUAAACACAGUGAUCACAUAUUCACUUAUAAAAGUCCAAAACCUGAAGUGUGGACCCAAGAGGAAAACCCUCCAUACACAUAUUACCUCUUCCAUAUGUAUGCCAACAUCAUGGUACUCAACAACCUGCGCAAAGAGCAUGGUCUCAAUACCUUCCAGUUCCGCCCUCACUGUGGUGAGGCAGGAUCCAUCACUCAUCUGGUGUCAGCCUUCCUCACUGCUGACAACAUCUCUCAUGGACUCAACCUGAAGAAGAGUCCUGUGCUGCAGUACCUGUAUUACUUGGCCCAGGUGCCCAUUGCCAUGUCUCCUCUAAGCAACAACAGCCUGUUCCUGGAGUAUUCCAAGAAUCCCCUCAGGGAGUUCCUGCAAAAGGGCCUGUGUGUGUCCCUCUCCACAGAUGACCCACUGCAGUUCCACUACACCAAGGAGGCCUUGAUGGAGGAGUAUGCCAUAGCAGCACAGCUGUGGAAGCUGAGUACAUGUGAUCUGUGUGAGAUUGCCAGAAAUAGUGUCCUUCAGAGUGGUCUAUCUCAUCAGGAGAAGAAGCACUUCCUGGGUGAGAAUUAUCUAGAGGAUGGAACAGAGGGAAAUGAUAUCCGUAUGACAAAUGUGGCACAUAUCCGGAUGGCCUAUCGGCUGGAGACAUUGUGCAAUGAGCUCAGCUUCCUUGUAGAAGCUGUCAAGUCUGAAACCUUGGCUGCACAAGCCCCAUAAACUGCAGCGGAGUGAUAGAUAGAGUAAAGCCUGGGGCCACACAAGUGGGCCAGACAUCAAGUGACAAUGGAAACCUUAUCUUUCUACAGUAAAUGUAGCAAACACAAUGCACAACAGAGCCACGGUGUACUCCUUGGGGCAACAUCAUUCCCUACGUGGUAGCAAGCCAUGGAGCCAAUUAUGGAAUUAAGUGACUUAUCCAUCCCAUAGUGCAUUAUAGGUGUGGAUAUAUCCACUUCACAUUAUAAAUCCAUUCAAUUAAAAUGGACAGAUCUAAUACAAUGUUACUGUAUUUUGCAUGUUUUCUGAAAUGUUUUUCUUUUAAGGGAGCAUACAUAUUUGUUACCUUUUAUAAAAGAGGGAGUCUAUGAGUUUGACUUUAACAAAAAAAAUGUUUUCUAUUCAGCUAAUUGUUUUACAUAAAAGAGAGAGUGGCACAGAAACUGGACCUAAUAUCUGUCUUUAGGAACCAGUUUGAUUGCAACUUGAGAUUCUGGAACAUGGGCUACCAAUGGGGUAGAGCUUUAUUUUUUGAAAAAUAAAAAUAAAGAAAAUCGUGAACUUGAAUGCGCACAUUUGUACACCACCACAGAUGUUAGAUGUUUUUGUAACAGAUGUGAUACAUUGUAUGGGUGCUGAGUUUCAGAAGAGCUUUUAGAAAACAUAUAUGAAAGCUGAAUGCAGUAUGUAAAUAAAUGCAUUCAUAAAAUAAAAUAAAUAAACUAGAUUUUAAGUCCCAU